ACGUUGUUCCGCACAUGAUUGUUACUUUCGGUUCACAUAAACACACAUGGAAGGCAAUAAACUAUUUUGGAAACUUGGUGCAUUCGCUAAGUUCGAUUUCAAAAGAUUUGGUCAAGAUGCUGAACGUUUAAAGGUUUGAUAUUUAAAGAAACAUUAUCAAAGAAACUGUAACUAAUAUUAUAGAACUUCAAAGCAGUCAGGUCAACUCAGCGGAUCGGUUGGCAUUCGACUUAAUUCGAAUGAUUCGCCUGUGGCCUGUGAUUCGAUGAUUCAGAUUCUGAUUCGGCAAUGUGAAGAGAAUAUGCAGUCUGUUUUCCUUGUUGGGUUAAACCUAAAAUAUAUAUAUUUUUACUAAUGAUAUAAAAAUAUAGCUAUCGCAAUCCCCCCCCCCCCCCUAUAAAUCCUUGCGUAGGGCUCUCUAUAUAUUUUAAAGAAAUAUAAUUUAUUUGUCUAAAUUGGCUUUUUAUUUAUCUUAUUCUAAUUAUUUAUAUUAGAGUCUUAUAAUAUAAAUUAUCAAUCCAGAAUGCCAAGCCCCUCUACCCAAUUGCGUAGAAUGGGGGUGUGGAGGGGGCGAUUCCGGGGGUUUUCAGGGGUGUGAGGAAAUGGGAUUUAAUAUUAAUAACAGAAGAAAAUAGCUUGAAAUAUAGUAUAGGAUGAUAGACUAUAGUAUAGGCCUAAGUUAAGUGAUAAGUGUUUUUAUACUUUCAACAUUUAUUCAUUUACAUUUUGAGAUUAUCCUUGAUAUAAUAACUCUCUUUGCAAUUCAAUAAGUAUAUGAGAAGUCCAUUAUUUUCAUAUGUCAUAUAUUAAAAUGGAUUUUCACUUUGGCAGUGUCUACACGUCCGGUGCGCUGGACGUAUAUCUCCCGCACUAUUUGUCCGGUGACCAAGUCACAUGACCGCGUAACAAAGUGGCGAGAGAUAUCUUGUCAGUGACCGCGAAUGAUUCAAAACUAUUGUUAAUUUUAAAAUCUAUUUCUCUACCAAGUAAUGUACUGAGUAUCUUGAAUGCAAAUAAUAGAAAAAAACUUAAGUGAAAGUGUCUUGUAAACAUUUUUGUUUAGUUUGUUAUUUGAGUUUGUGUACCAGUAAUCCAUAAAAUAAAUUAGGGGCCAGUAUUCAGAAUGGAGUAGGCAACCAAUAAAAGUAAAAGAUUUCAUUUUAAAUUGUUUAAAUUGCUACAAAAUAUUUUAAAACUUCUCAUGCAACUACUGUUGCUGAUGAACGUGAUAAUAUAACGAUAAGAAAACGAUCCCAUACUGGGCAUUGAUCCACAAAUAUAAUUAUUAUAUCGUGAAGCGACCAUUCUACCUCAAAACCACACAAGAUCUCCAAGUUAGCCAAUGCGUUCGAAAUAAUGAGUACUAGUCGUCCGGCGGUCUCGUGACAUGCCCGCCGGACGUAUAUCACGCGCACUAUUUGCCUGCGCGCCGGACAUGUAGACACUUUGUUUCACUUUAGUAGGGGUGUGAGACUUGUAAAACAAUUAGUAAGAGAUGCAGGACUUUAUAUAAUAAUCAUAAUAUAUAUCAAUUGUAUGAUAAUCAUGUUUAAAUUAUUUGAUGACCAUUAUUUUGUUAUUAUAUUUUAGGUCAUACGACAUAAACCAACUGUAGCUGAUUUGGAAAAUGGCAAAGCAAAAGACUUAAAAGAGGAAAAAAAACUUUCUACAGAGGCUACAUCAAGUGUACAUAAUAACAAAAAAAACAAGAAGAAGAAGAAGAAAGCAAAGAAAAAGACAUCACAACUGGCUUCUAUGAAAAAUGAGGAAGAGGUAAUUUUGUUAAAAUGAACACAUUUAUCAACCAAUCUCUAAAAUAUUAAAUUGACUAUAAUAAAGUAUGGCUUUAGAUCAGGCCUGCACAACUCAAACUGUAAGGCGGGCUGUAAUACUUUAUUAAAAAUUUGUGCGAGCCAAAAGAAAAUUGGACGGGUCUAUCGCGGGCCAAAAGAAAAUAGGACAGGGGAAAAAGCUAUUAAGAAAAUAAUAAGAAUAGAGAAUAUUUGUUACUUCGCGGGCCGCAAAUUGGGUGCUGGUGGGCCGUAUGUUGUGCAGGCCUGCUUUAGAUAAUCUUUAUUUCAUUUACUAUUUAUACUAUUACUUACUUGUUAAAUUAUUCCUCUGCUUAACAUUUAUUUUUUAAAGAUUCGUCAUUUAAGAAACAAACAUCAUAUUCACACGAGUGGCUCAGAUAUACCUAAUCCACUGAGAGAUUUUGAUGAAUUAAAGAUCAUAUAUGGCGUGAAGGAUGUAGUACUACACAACAUAGAGGAACAGGGUUACAAAGAACCAACAGGAAUACAGAGGCAGGCUAUUCCAGUAAUGAUGCAGGUUGGUUUGUCUAUUAAUGACAAAAAUUUUCAAUAAAUCGAUAAAGGGGAUGUAAAUUUUGUGUUCAUAGAAAGAAAAAAAUAACAAAUUAUAUUAAGCAGUUUUUAAUAACAAAAUUAUCAGCUGUUGAUUUUGAGGUGGAUAGAUGAUUUGAAAUAAUUCACAUAUAUUAAUAUUAUCUAAAGUUUAAUUUGCUGAUAUUCAAUUAAACUGUGUUGUUAUUUGUCCUUGGUGACUAUGACCAAGGCAAUUUUUGACUUGCAGUAGCGUUGACUUGAGCUGUAUUCUUGUUUAAAGUGAAGGAGCUUUGCCCAAUUCAUCAGUCUCACUCUCUCGUCCUUGCCUAUCUUAUCCAAUGGCAAGACUUAGUCAAGAGGACUGGAAAUAGAGAAGGAUGCAGUAGAUGACCAGUAGCAUGUGUAUGUUUCACUGUGCUCUUUAUGCGUUCUACAUUGCAGGAGUUUUUGGAGUUUCCAUUGCGUUAAUGUCAUGACGCCUACAGGACUCCAUCUCCGGAUUGGAUUUCAAAGUUUGCUUUCUCUUAGAUGAGUUGCUAUCCAAGGUUAAUGAGUCGAAUCCACCCGGGUUACUGUGAUGUUUUUGCUAGUCGAGGCAUUUACUGGAGAUUGAAAUCCAGUUUGCUUGCUUGUGUUUGCCUCCUAGUUAAGACUGUUCGGCUACCUAGCACCCAAUCAAACUGUAUUUGCUAUAUAUCAAAUUUCAACAUUUUCAUGUGGGUGUCACACUUCUUAGACUUUCAUCAUUUUGGGAUGCAUUCUUGCAUACAGGUUUGGUGAUACACAAACUUUGUACAUCUUUGAUACACAGACUAAAUACGUAUCUGGUAAGCAGGCACAGUUAUUGAAGGACUCUUUCCUUUUACAUUCAUGUAUCAUAUGAUUUGAUUGUGUGGAAUUCUCAUCAGGGUCGUGACUUGAUGGCUUGUGCACCAACGGGAUGUGGUAAGACAGCUGCAUUCAUCAUUCCCAUUUUGCAUCACUUAAAAGCACCACAAUCAGAUGGCUUUCGUGCCCUGAUAUUGGCCCCAACACGUGAGCUGGCAAAACAGGUAUUUAACUAUGUUUCAGACCCUCAAUUAUUCUAUGUAUGUUUUUUAAAAAAAAGCUCUACAGUUUUUUAAAAUUCCUAUUUGAAUGUUUGAUUUUUAGAAUUAAUUUGCUAGAGUUUUUUUUUUAAUCUCUUAUACCAUAAAUUUGUUUCACUUAAGUGUAUUAGUUUGAUAAGUUAAUUAGAAUUAUAGUAAUUUAAUUUGAAAAUAUUGUAAGCAUAAUAUCUAAAUGUAGUUACCAAGUAGUUAACACAAUCAGAUUAAUAAUUUUAUUAUGAAAACAUAAAAUAAAUAUUGGGAAGUUAAUAUGUGUGUGAAUUUAAAAAGUUAAACACUAAUUAUGCAUCUUAGAUGUUGUUCCUUUAAUUCAUAAUAAAUUUGAUUUUUUUUUCUGUUUUAUAAUACAUAGACUUUAAGAGAAUUCCGCAAGUUGUCCAAAGGCCUAGGAUUAAGGAGUUGUUACAUUGAGAAAGAAUCAACUGCUUUGAAAAAGUCCAAGGAAAAUUUUGGUAUGUUCAAAUGAUUAAAUAUCUUUAUUUUUAAUGUAUUUGAAGAGAUUGUUUUGCUGGAGUGGAGGUAAAGGGAAUUUAAGUCAGACAGUCUGCAUUAUUUGCUAAGGAAACCAAGUUUUUAAUGUCAUAAAUAUCAAAGAAAAACUUUGAUGCCAGCAUACAUCAGGCAUGGCACACAUAACAACCGUAACACUAAUUGCAUGUAAAUAUAAAAUAAUACAUCAUUUUUUUUUGUAUACCUCUGAGUUUGUGAAUUGGGAGCCGUAGAAUGGCAUCAGGCCAUCCCUGAUAUGAAGUAACAGCUUUGCUUUUUAUGAACUUUUAAUUAAUUGGUUGUUUUUCCUCUCCAGACAUUUUGGUGACAACUCCCAACAGACUUGUGUACAUGUUACAGCAGUCCCCACCCAUCCUCUCAAUCAACAAGUUAGUAUGACAUCACACAAUUAACAGCACUUGUUAAUCAUAUAUUAUUUAUUUUAUUAAUUAAAAAGAUUUUUUUUUUUGCUGGUUUCUUUUUUUUUUAAAAUAUAAUUUUUAUUUCAGUUUGUUUAGGUAUCAGUUUUCACUCCUUGUAAGUAAUGUUAUAAAAAAAACUACACAUUAAAUGAAAUUGUCUCAGGUAGGGCCAGUGUGGGAAUAAGGUGGAGAGGGUAAAUAAGGGUUUUGAGAUGAUAGAAUGUAUGGGUAGGGAGAUGGUGGUUGGAUUGGAUGGUAGGGAUGUGGUCAGGGGGUACACAUAAAAAUUGUCUUUGGUGACAUUAGAUUUGCUAGUGUUGUGAUGAAUUAUAACAUUGUUAUUUUAAAUUUUAGUGUUGAGUGGCUGGUGGUUGAUGAAUCUGACAAAUUGUUUGAGGCAGGCAAGAGAGGUUUUAGAGAUCAGGUAACAAAAACAUAAAAUAUAUUCUAAAAUCUGAUAAAUUAAAAAUAUCAAACGCAAGGGCAUAAGGAGAAAUUGAAUAAAAAAUCUUUUACUCCAAGACAGAAAAAAAUAAUUAUGAUUUUUUUUUUUUCUUAAUGAGAAUGUUAAACUUGAGUUGUAAAAUUUAAGCUAAGAUGCCUUUCUAUGUUGUUUGAAAGUGUUGUGAAUAUUUUUUUUUAACUCUUCGUCUGUCACUGUCAGCUUGGAGCUAUCUACAAGGCUUGCAGCUCACCUAAAAUCCACAGGGCCAUGUUCAGUGCCACAUUUGCUCAAGAUGUUGAAGAGUGGUGUAAGCUGAACCUCGACAAUGUUGUGCAGGUGUACAUUGGAGCCAAGUGAGUUAAAUAAUACAGGAUACUGCAAGUGUACACAUCAUUGCUGAAACUUUUGCUGGCAAUAAUAGUAAUUUUCUUAAUUUUGUCAAAAUGCUUUUAUCUUAAAUUGGAGUUAAUUUAGUUAAAUACUAUUACUAAACUAACAAAUGACACUCAGAUGUUUUGUUUUAGAAACAAACAAUGAUCAAUAUAUGUGCAUCAAUGAAAAUGUAUGAAAUUGUUUUGAAUUUCCUCUAGAAACAUUAUUCGUUACAUUAUUCGGCAUCCUUCCGUCUCGUGAGACGAUGGUGCAUCACCGUUGGGUUGGGUUGCAUUUUCUCGAGUGGCUGUGCAGUCCUAUCCUUGAGUGACAGUCUUUACCACAGUUUUUACACACGAGUUCCGUGCUUCUAAAUGUUUUGGCCUUUCUCCUAGCUCUUCUGUCUGCAGCCUCUUCCAUUCUUCGCUCCUCGGCUACCAUGACGCCCUCUUUGACAACUGUGCGCCACGUAGAUCGGUCUUUUGCCUUACACUCCCAGUCACUUGUAUGUAUUAACCGACGAAAGUACAGGGAAACUGUCUGUAGAAAUUUAGCGUCUGCAGGGCGACCUGUUUUCCUCUUUCCAGAAGCAAGUUCACCAUAUAGGAGGUCUUUCGGAAUGCGGCCGGGACUCAUUCUUUUAACAUGACCUAGCCAUCUCAGGCGUCUUUCACUAAGGAUUGUGAACAUGCUUUGGGUAUUCGCACUCAUUAGGACCUCACUAUUAGUCACUUUUUCUUGCCAUUUAAUACCAAGGAUGCGACGCAGGCAUCUCAUGUGGAAGCUAUUAAGCUUGCGCUCUUGGGAUGUAUAGGUGGUCCAUGUCUCGCUCCGGUAUAGCAGUGUACUGAUGACACAAGCUCGAUAGACGCACAGUUUGGUUUUCUCCGUUAGCUUGGUGUUUUGCCAGACCCGUUUAUUUAGUUUAGCCAUUGUGGCAGCUGCCUUGCCGAUUCUGCUGUUGAUUUCUUCUUCAAUGGACAGUGUAUUGGAGACCUUGGACCCCAAGUAGGUGAAGCUGUCCACAACCUCCAAGUUUUCAUUAUCGAUUUUUAUGUUAGGUGGAGGUCGAGUGUCUUGGGCCAUGAUGUUUGUCUUUUUCAAGCUGAUUUGCAGACCAAAUUCUUUGCAGGCAUUGGAGAAGCUUGACACGAGCUGUUGCAAACCAAUUUCUGUGUGUGCUGUUAGUGCCGCAUCAUCCGCAAAUAGUAGCUCGCGAAUUAGGACAUCUGUCGUUUUGGUCUUGGCUCGGAGGCGGGCAGUGUUGAAAAGUCCUCCAUCAGCUCUGGUGUGUAACCAGAUUCCCUCACUGCUAUCCUUGAAUGCGUAUCGAAGUAGUACAGAGAAGAAUAUUGCGAACAGUGUUGGUGCGAGUACACAACCUUGUUUAACUCCGCUGCUGACUGGAAAGGCUUCUGACUUGGCUCCAUCGAACUGCACUGUACCCUGCAUAUUUUCAUGGAACUCUCUGAUGAUGGCAAGUAGGUGAGGGGGACAGCCGAUUUUUGCCAGUAUUUUGAAUAGCCCGUUGCGACUGACGUAAUCAAAGGCUUUUGUAAGGUCCACAAAGGCAAUGUACAGUGGCAUCUGCUGCUCUCUGCAUUUUUCCUGGAGCUGUCGUAUGGAGAACACCAUGUCUAUGGUAGACCGCCCAGACCGGAAACUGCACUGAGAUUCUGGAUAGACACGGGAUGCUAGACUCUGUAAACGUGUUAGUAUGACACGGGCAAAGGCCUUUCCUACAAUAAUAAUUAUUGCAAUCACUCCUAUCACCUUUGUUUUUAUAUAGUGUCACUAUAUUUGCAUCCUUUAGGUCUUGGGGGAUGUAGCCCUGUUCCCAGCAGAGGGACAGAAUCUCGUGCAAUGGUUGGAGUAAAGCUAUCUUACCACUUUUUAGAGCCUCUGGUGGUAUUCCAUCAUCCCCAGGCGCUUUUCCACAAGCUAGGCUAUCAAUAGCUUUGCUCAGCUCUUCCUGUGAGGGCACGACAUCAAGUUCUUCCAUGCGUGGCAUAUCUGGUAUGUCAUCCAGAGCGGUGCUGGAGACUGUGGUAACUGUUGAAUACAAUUCCAGAUAAUGCUCAACCCACCGUUUUAGCUGUGCUGCCCGGUCUUGGAUAAUUUCUCCAUUUUUGGACUUAAGAGGAGCAACUUUGGACGUCAAGGGGCCAGUUGCCUUUUUGAUGUUUUCGUACAUUGCUUUUAUCUUAAAUUGGAGUUAAUUUAGCUAAAUACUAUUACUAAACUAACAAAUGACACUCAGAUGUUUUGUUUUAGAAACAAACAAUGAUCAAUAUAUGUGCAUCAAUGAAAAUGUAUGAAAUUGUUUUGAAUUUCCUCUAGAAACACUGCCACCAAUACAGUGGACCAGAGACUUGUAUUCACUGGGGAUGAAGGUGGCAAACUGAUAGCUUUCAGGAAUCUCAUCAGAGAGGUUGGAAAUGUCUUAUUUUAAUUAAACCUCAUAUUGCAGAGUUUAAGGGGUCAUUUCUUUUAUUAUUAUAAAUUUAUUAAAGAUGAAUUUUUAAAAAAUGUAAGGUUUUCCCCCGGAACAAAAAUAAUUUGCAGUAAUUUUUUACACGCCUAAACAGCACCUCAUUAUUGCACCAUCAAACACUCUUAUGACUGACCUAAAAAAUACCUCAAAUCAUCAGCAUUUCUCUAACAAUUAGCUCACAACAUAUCUCUAUUUCAUAAAUUCUUACCUGACUCAUGCACAUACAUUAAAAUAAAUAGUUUUAUGCCCAAUAAAUUCAAAGGAUUUUAAACUGAAUUUAUGUUUCAUUAUCAAUUAUUCAUAAAUUAUUUUCAUAAGAACACUGCCAAGUUGUUAUUCCAUAUUUACACUUUGGUCGCCAGGGAAUCUCCCCACCUGUGCUAGUUUUUGUCCAGUCCAAAGAGCGUGCCAAGCACCUGUAUACAGAACUGAUGUAUGACAACAUUAAUAUUGAUGUCAUCCACUCCGACAGACCACAAGUGCAGAGAGAUGAUGUCAUCAAAAAUUUUCGAAUAGGACAAACGUGGGUGCUGAUCUGUACCGAACUCAUGGGUAGAGGCAUCGAUUUCAAGGGGGUUAAUCUUGUCAUCAACUAUGACUUUCCUACAAGUGCCAUCAGUUACAUUCACAGAAUUGGUGAGUUUGUUGACCUUUUUAUUGCCCUAUUAAAUGUUACAAUUGAUGUUACCAAAAAUGUCAACUGGUUUAAAUUCAGAUAGUGCAUUACAACAUGGAAAGGGUGAUUUUUUUUGUGUGUUUUUUUUUAGUCCUAGCUCCAAGCUAGGCAUUGAAGUCAUGUCAAAUUUUGCCUACCUUAUCCUUAUAUAUUUAUUUACAUCCUCCAUUUCAAAUUAAGCCAACACAGCAAAUAAAAACAACUGAAAGUAAAAACUAUUGAGGAAAAGGAACAAGUUGUAACAGUAACAAAUUAUGUUUGGAGGAGUUAAAACUUUCAAAAAACUGAAUUUCUGUGUGUUGCAGGUCGAACUGGGCGAGCAGGCAGAACUGGGAAAGCCAUCACGUUUUUCACAGAGGAAGACAAAGUCAAUUUGAGAAGGUAAAGGCAAAUGUUACUUACACAUGUGCAUUUAAAGUUUCCUACAUAAGUGAAUGGAAACUGGAGACAAUCUUUGAAAAUUGGAUGUUUUUAACUGUACUAACUGUUUAGGUAAAAGUGGGUGCUUUUGUUAAUUGUGUUUAGUAUGUACUGUACUCAUAAAAUUUCAAUUUAUGGUGAAAACACUUUUACAGAAGAGCUGAAAAGAAAUAAGACUGUAAACAAUGAUUUAAUGGGGGCAACCUGCAAUAUAUAAAUUAUCAUUUAUUUUUAUUUGUAAUAUUGUUUUAUAGUUUUUUAUAGAUUAUCUGAUCAAUUUCAAACUUGAGUUUUGCAUUUAUUAAAAUAAAAAAGAAAUUCUAUUUUUUUAGCAUUGCCAACAUGAUACACCAGGCUGGAUGUCCUGUCCCUGAAUACAUGUCAGCUAUUAAAAAACCUGCAAGGUAAGUAAAAGUAAAUUUUUUAAUUCUUGUAUUUUUGUAAAUUUAGAAACACCAACAUAGAAAUUUCAUCAAUAUGCUACGUUGUUUAUCUAUUUAACCAACAUUUUUUGUUUAGAGAUUUAAUGGUUUACUUAUUAAUUAAAGUACUUUAAAUCCCUUUCAUUUUUUUGUUUCGUUAAUUGAUGUUAAAUACUGAGUAACUUUUUAGAAAGUUAGGAUCGGACAGAGGAAGAGUGAUGAAAAUUUACGUUGCUCAUGUAUUGAUGAGUAAUGAUUUUUUUUUUAAUGACUUUAACUUUGACCCCAACUGUAUAAAUUCGACCACCCCAAUGUAAAGUAAAGUCCUGUCUUUUGUUUUCAAGCCUCAACAUGCCUUGUUCCACUAAUUCUUUAACACUGCUUGAAUGCAGAUUUCCAUAUUUCAUCCUGUAAAGUAGAAAUGCUUAGGAUAUGCAAUUAAUAUUAUUAAAUAGAAAAGAAGGAAAAAGGAAGUUAUUACAACCUGAAUCCCCAAGUGUUCUCAUCUAGUCUCUGAAGUUCAUAAAACCCAUUUAAUUGUCAACACUGAUCCCAGACAACUACGUCAUAAUGGAUUGAGCUCGUUAUUUCAUCAACCUUUACAAUUUUAUUUCUCUUCUGCUGAAGACAAGAGCACAAAACUUUAGAGGAUAAAAUGUCAAUGGUGUUUUUAUGAUUUGAAUAAAAUCUUUUGACAGGCAGGAAAGGAAGAGGCUGGCCAACCAUGUGCCAGAGAGAAAGCCAAUCCUUACCAUGGACCCACGAGAGUACGAGAGGAUCAAAAGGAAAAGGUGAGCCAGAGAUGCAUCACCAUUUCAAAUGAGGGGAAGACAACACUUAAGCGACUCGUGUGGCAGCAAAUUCACUUGUCAAAUAUUUAUCAGAGUUAAAUUUCAUUUAGUAUUAGUGUUUACAGGUCUCUAUUGGGGCAUCCCUUUUGAAUCAUUUAAUGUGUGGUGUGUUCCUGGACAAAUAUUGGUGCACAGCACACCUUACUUUAUUUGUAAAGUCUUCAUGGGCUGACAUUAAUGUUAUUCAUUUCCAUUUGCUCAAGCUGUAGUGAAUAUUUGGAGCUUGCAACUAAAGAAGUUAGUAUAUGACUAUGGGGAUCAGUGUCUGUUUUAAUUAAAGGGCAAGGCUCUUCAAUCAUGGCAACAGAAUUUCAGCCUGUAUUUUACGUCAUAUAUUUUUUUCUAUUGCAUAUAUUUAAUAGUUUGUUACUUUUGUAAAAUAUCAUCUUUUGCUCACAGAUAUUUCUUCAAUUUUUAUUUUCAGAAAAUUCAGCCAUAAACCUAAGCAGAAAUCUGUCAAAAGAGUGAAAAAAGACAGUUGAUAAAUUGUGUUUUCUGAUUUGAAUAUGUGAUUGAUUGGCAUAAAAGAUAUUAAAAACUUUUUUUUUC